UGAUCUAUUUUACUUUACAGAAAUCAAUAAAAGCAUUAUUUUUUUUCUUGCAUUGCGUGUUGUUGCGUAAAUAAGUUAUGAAGGAAUGCUAACCUCAACAGCGCAAUACAGUAUAUCAAAAAUAACCUAAAGAGUAUUCAUCCUUCUGCUGCACCAUUAUUUGUCAAAAGGAAAUGGUUAACCCAACAAAAUAAAGUGCGGUUCACCAUGCAGUGAAAAACAAGUCUUGCAUCAUUAUAAAUAUAAAAAACGCAAACACCAUAAAUCAUUUACAAGUGUUCAAAAGUCAGCGAACAGUUGCUUACAUCGAAAAGAAAGACGAUUUGCAAAAAACGAUCAACCAAUUUUUCUGCAAGCAAAAUGGAUCGAUAUUUUUUAAGAAGUAAAAAGGAAGUUUAUGUUAUUGUUUUAACACUAUGCCAGCUCUGUGCAGCAGCAGCCAAGAAAACGUGUGAACCUCAGGAAGAUGUUGUGUCCAUAUACAGUGACAAAUUUGACGAAGCCCCCCCCCCUCAAGGCUUCGGACCAUAUUUCAUCAAAAUACACCGCUGUGCAGAAUAUUCACAAACUCACUAUCCGUCGAAACCAGUGAGAUGGCAAAAGAUAGGCAUCGUACUGAGAGACUCACUGACGUUUAAAUAUUACGAAUACAUUUUACAUAAUCACACCAAGUGUAAAUGCUCCACCAAUUUAACAGUCUUUCAAUACAACAGAGAAAGGCGUGUAGCUGUGAAUGUGAUGUUAGGGUGCUCUCGGUUCAGAUAGUCAAGAAAGAGAGGGACGUGAUCGGAGGGA